UCUCCUGCCUGCGGUCACAGCUUGUUGCCAGAACUUCAGUAACGCGGAGACGCCGGAUUUCUUUCUUAUUCAUUCAUGCUCUGCGGCUUUUUCUUCAUUUAUUUUACAUUUAUUUUGCAAAGCAUCACGCUGAGGCGCACGUCCAGUGUUCUGUAGUCUUCUUCCAAAUCCAUCUGUUCUGAUUUAGGCUGUUUUUUUUCUUUCCUGUGGAUCGUCAGAGAGCACUGAUCCAUCAGCCGACGUUAAGACCUUUGGGCUUUAAGGAUAAGAUUCUUAUUUAUAAACAGUUAUAUAACCAAGUGAACGGGGCUAUAGGCGUUUUACGCACACGCCGUUCCUGGAUGUCAGACUUCUUAUUAUCUAUAUUAUAACAAUAUUCUGUUGUAGCAAGCCAGUUCCUGUCCGUGUUCAUGCCAGAUCUGCAGCGAUUCAGUUUUCCAUACCAUAGCAUGAAUCCUUUGUUGGGGGCCAACGCGCAUCUCCAACAGCAUCCGCAGCAGAACCAGGCGCCCGGACACCCGGACUCUCCCUCAGGUCUCCUUCCCGACGCUGUUUUCGGUGCACCGGACCCGGCUUCCCUUCUGCUGGGUGAGCAGCCCGGCCCGGGGCCUGACUUCACCGCACCCUCGCAGUCUUCACCUUAUCUCCAUCACAGCAGCCACUAUCAGCACCGCCCUGUGCCGCAUCCCCCUGCUGCGAUGGCUCUCAGAAACGACCUGGGCUCCAACAUCAGCGUCCUCAAAACUCUCAACCUGCGCUUCAGAUGCUUUUUGGCUAAAGUGCACGAAUUAGAGCGCAGAAAUAAGAUUCUGGAGAAGCAGCUGCAGCAGGCGCUGGACGCCAACAAGGGCUGCAAAGGUGGAUGCUGUGAGAACCAAGCGCACACCCAGGAGGUAAGCGUGCAGACGGGAUUUGUCGGAACGAUACAGCUUAGGCCCGGCUCCCUGCCCUUCCACAACACCAACAACUCGGCCAGGAGGCCUACGACACUGUUCACAACGCCUCUCGCGCCAGCCCUGCCACCUGCAGCCUCUGAAAACUCGAGUGCAACACAAACAAAUGCCGCUUGCAACCCACCCAUCACCAUCAGCCUAUCCUCCCCCCGUGUGGAGUCCCCGGGAUCUGGCUCUAAAACGGGAACUAACAACAGCACAGGUCCGGGAGCCUCCACCAACCCUCCUCCACGGUUCCUUCCGGGCACAAUCUGGUCUUACAACCACACCCGCAAGUUCGGCCCCGGUGCUGAGCGUCUGACCAGCCCAGGAGUAUCCUGGGUGCACCCGGAUGGAGUUGGUGUCCAGAUUGACACCAUCACCCCCGAGAUAAGAGCCCUGUACAAUGUCCUGGCUAAAGUGAAGAGGGAGAGAGAUGAGUAUAAACGCAGAUGGGAAGAGGAAUACACCAUGAGGAUGGAUCUGCAACAGAAGAUUGCAGACUUACAGGAGGACCUGCAGGAGAGUGAAGGCUGCCAGGAUGAGCUGGUUCGCAGGGUUCAGCAUCUGAAUACGGAGCUGGUUGUCUUCAAAGGGCUCCUGAGCAAUAAUUUGUCAGAUUUGGACAGCAAAAUCCAGGAGAAAGCGAUGAAGGUGGACAUGGACAUCUGCCGCAGGAUCGACAUCACUGCUCGUUUGUGUGACGUGGCCCAGCAGAGGAACUGUGAAGACGUCAUCCAAAUGUAUCAGGUUCCUAAUAACCAACCAUCGCUAAACUGCCGCCGUAAACAAACCCCUCUGUCCUUUAAUGGGAGUGAGUGUGACGAGCCCGUCAGCACCUCCGAAAGUGACGGAGCAGUGGUUAAAGAUGAGGAGCACUGUGGAUCUGCUGCUAAUCAGAUCAAUGAGGAGAUGCAGAGGAUGCUAAACCAGCUGCGUGAAUGUGAGUUUGAGGAUGACUGUGACAGUCUAGCGUGGGAGGAGACUGAAGAGACGCUGCUGCUUUGGGAGGAUUUCCCAGGAUGCACUUUGCCUCCAGAUCCCACCCACCCACCGGGAGAGCAGGAGGACUGUCUGGAAAAGGUGAUUAAUGACACCGAAUGUCUUUUCAAAUCUCGAGAGAAGGAAUACCAAGAGACCAUUGACCAAAUUGAGCUGGAAUUGGCCACAGCUAAGAGCGACAUGAACCGACACCUGCACGAGUACAUGGAGAUGUGCUCGAUGAAGAGAGGCCUGGAUGUUCAGAUGGAGACCUGCAGGAGACUCAUCACGCAGAGCGAAGACAGUCCGUCUGCUGUGCCUCCACCCGCUGAGGAGAGUGAAGCGAGAGAAAACGACAAGCCGUCGGUAUCUCCACCUUCUUCCUCGAGCAAUGGGAGAACAUGACACAUGCUCACUCCAGCGUUAACAGCGGCUGUGGUCGCAUGAUCUCAAGUGCAUCCAUGACCACACCGAUACAAUGGGCGCUGACUACGUGACUACGGCAACACCAUGUUUACGUACUUAUUUGACGAGUCAUUUCUUUUCUGGACACUUUGGAAAGUGAGAUUGAACAGACUGAGCGAGGAAGUCUGUCAUUGUGCUUCAUUUUGUGACGAUUCAGUAGGUUGAAGAACCUAGGGUCAGCUGACUGUAAGUGUGGUUACAGGAAGACAUAGCAUGACUUAUUCAUUAUACACAAACGGACACAAGCUAAAACAAGGAUAAUGUUAGCAUCUUAAACUCAUCUCUGAUCUGCUUUUAUGGUCAUUGAAGCUCUAAAAGUUAAAGUCACAUUUACAGGAAUAUUUCCAGGAAUCAAUGAAGCUUCAGUCUUAAAAUAAUAUAACACUGAAUUUUUGAAUUUGAAUCUUUAUCCACACAUGUAGGUUUAAUAAAAAGCCGUGAGAGAGCAUUUUACUGGCUUGCAGCUGCAUUAACAGUUCACCAUAUCUCUUGCAUAAAUGAUAAUAGAAUCACAGGCAAAGCAAACCUGAGGCAAUAAAUGAAAAGUUAAAGAUACAGAAGAAAAGCAGAAAAACACAAACAUUAUGUGCAUUUUUACUGGAGCAACAGAGUUGAGUCUUUGACUACCAACAGGCCUCCUUCCAAUAAAGUGAGGUGUUUUCUGGAUAACAAGGGAAAUGUAUGUAAAAACCUUAAAACUUCAAGUCAUUUCAAAGUGAUUUGAAAAAAUAACUAAAAUCCUGAGAAGUUGCUCUUCAGAUCUGUGGUGUUUUGUGUUCCUAAGCCUUAAACCAGAUGAUAUAAGAGUUUCUUUCUAUUCUUCUCCUGAAGCCCUUGAUCAAAUAUAACAGGAGUUAAUUGGGAAAGUUGAAUGUCACUUCUCUCACUCGGAUGCCUCCAGUUCAGAAAGUGUACAUGUGAUCGCUUUGAGGACCACAUUGCUUGAAAAAUGGCAGUAAUAUGUUGGCUAUAAGUUGAAAACUGUGGGCCUCCUGGCAGAUUUUUCAUCCGGAUUUUAUGACAAAUUCUUAAAUAAAAAUUAGUAGUCGUCUGACCACUGAGCUGGUCCAUUUGGUGGAAGAAGACUGUUUCUAUAAUGAUGUGGGAGAAGAUAUGCAUUGACAAAGAACAAUUAUACAGAAUUUAGUCAAGGAUAACAUGGCAAAAGCAAACGAUCCAAACAAUGAAAUCAAGAUUUUGGCCUCCGUAACCUGCGAGCUACAUCUGUGACACAGCAGAGGCUGAUUUGUUCCUUGAUUCAUUUGGACACAUUCGUUUACCCUAAAUCUGUAAAUAAAUGGCCAAAUUAGCUUAUAUUUCCUGUGCAGGUGCAGAAAGUUUUAACAAUAAUACAACAUAGUCACGGUAGUAAGUCGCAUGUCUAUAUCACCAUCGUUUUGGUGUCAGCCUUAGGCAGACCAAACCACCCUGCUGUUCACAGAGAAUUCCAACAUUGAUCAUCUUGACGAUGUUGGAGCUCCAAUCAUUUCAUAUGAAUCACAUCUAAAAUCCCACAAACACCGUAGUCUGCUUUGAACUUUGUAGUUUUCGGGAAAGGUGAGGGAGCAAUGACCGCAGUAUUGGGAGGUUGUUUUUUAGUUUUGAAUGUAACCGUAGUCUCUGUCUGCUGCACUUCAAAGACCGACUAAAGUACUGGAUGAUAGAGUCACUCAAGGGUCAUGUAAGUGUUGUUAAUAAUUUUUAUUUUUUAGCAGUAAUGCUUAUUAUAGAUUAGAGUGAAGGCUGUAUGUUUGAGUAAAGCUGCAUGGUUGAGCAGAAUCACUUUGAGGAUAGUGGAAAAACAAAAAGGCUGUCAUGUAAUAAUGUAAGUUAGUCACCGAGUGCCAAAAUAAUAUUUAGAUUGUGAAUCAACAGGAAAUUGCUUUAAAAAAAGACUAAACAUAGCUGCUGAAGCUAUUUCACCAAGGUGCUUGAUGUAUAGAAGUGAACCUACGUUUUGCACAUAGAAAAGAAGAGCAAAGCAAAACUGUACCAUAAGAAACAAUCAGUAGUCUAACCUGAAAAACAAAAUAUGCUGACCUGCUGAAAACGGACUAUUUGUUCUAUUUAGAUUUUCUUUCCUUAUGAAAAAAAAUGUCGUUGGUGAACGCAUCGCAUACCUCAUUUUUACUUUAGUUAUGUCUAUUGGCAUAUUUAACCCACAUGUUCCUUCGUAGGAAAACACAUACAGCGCACAGCUGUCAGGUGGACGCCCCCUCCAUCACAACUCUAUUAUAAGACACUGUUUUAAAUGGUGUUGUUUCUUCUGUGUAGAUGAACCAGGUGAAAUAACUCGUUUUAGUGCUUUGUUUCAGCAGGAGGGUGCAGUUUAGCUCAUGCAUGUGUGCCAGUGUGUAUGUUCAUGGGCCUUCUGUCUGACCAGCGAGUGUUUUUAAGAAGACUCUUACCGGGGUAGAUGCACAACAUUAAGAAGGAUCAAACUGUAAAAUCUCAUAUUGUCUCAAGCAGUUCAACGCCAACAAAAUGACUUUUGUGUUUUCAUGGUGACCACGUGAAAAAUUCAGAAUCUGAUGAUCAUCUAGGUUUUCUUUCCCAGUUACGCUGUUUCUUUAUGAGUGUAUGCCAAGUAAAGUCAGUGUAAAAAUAUCUCAGUUCAGGAAGAUGAACGGAAAUGCAAAUGCUUUUGUGAAAUGAUGGCUUUGAUAUUAUAUGCAUAACAGAAAUAUAGCUUUGAAUAUAUACUCGUGUUUAAAGAACAGAGAUGAAUGAAGACUCCACGGUGGAAAUUAUGGCAGAUGAGAGCAAAAGAGUUUUUGUUUUCUGUCUUCACACAACAGAAAAACUUAUUUAUCAAUUUUUUUAAAGAAAAUUGUUCCACAGAGUCAGAACUAUUGAUCUAAAAUCAAAAUGUGUGACUUUGCAGCUUUAAACAUCAAGAAAAAGUAACUUUGGCUGGAAAAGGCUUCACUGCAGAGCUGCUGUAUGUAAUAUGUCGAGAGACGCUGGAUGAAUGAAUAAAAGAUGCAACUGAGCAACAAGGCGUGCAGUUAUUUCCCUGUAUUAAGUUCAACAGUUUUUUCUAACAGUUAUCUGAAGGCACUUUAUACCAAGAUAAAGACCCUGAAGCAUUACAGAUAAAAAAAAAGAAAGAUAGAAUCAUCCAAAUCUCGUUAAGUAACCACUUAAUGAAAUUUUGGAGAAAGACAAACUCCCUUUAAAUACAAAUCUCCAGUAGAACCAGGCUCAGAGAGGGUGACCAUCUGCUGGAACAGAUUGGGGUGAGAUGACCAGAAUUUUACUCUUCCUAUCCAUCUUAACAUUAAACUCAAAACCUAAAAGAAGUGUUCCUGUGUUAACACCUUUAUCCUUUAUACUUGAUUAUCCUUAUUUCAAAUUUUACAUUUUACAUGGCAAAACAGGGAUUUUUUCCAGGACUUCAACUUGGAAAUAUAAAGCACCUAAAACACUUUAAAACCUACACAGAAAUAUUUAACAUGGAAAAUGUUGCCAUAUUAAUAUAGAAUCAACUCAACAGUUGGCUAAAAGCUAAAUUAAACAGUAAAAGAAAAAAAAUGUACUUAAAUAUGUUUGUGAAGGUUUCCAGACUCCUCAGACUCCUUAGAUAAGAUUAAACAAAAUGCUCUUCUAUUUUGUCAAAUAAGCACAUUCGAGUGGUUCAUUCUGGGUAUUUAUUCUUCAUGAGGUGUCAGUUUAUAUGGGAAAUGAUGAGGCUUUAGAGCUUUGAUGCAUAAAUGUUAGUCAGUUUUAGCAGGCUGGUAGGGGUCAGAGUGUGGGAAGCAGGAAUAUAUAACCAGGUAAAGAAAGAAUAACACAGAUGUUCAGCAAGAUGACAGAGAAAGAUACAAAAAGACAAAAGGGUGAGGCACACUUUGAGGAAGUUAGCAAAACAACAGAAGUUGAACAAA